AUGGUAUACGAUUCGUUGACUGAGGCUCCCCGAAACGUCAAGGAGUGCAUCGAUUGGUUGAUAGCUCUGAAGGGGAAGGAUGGUGAAAAAAACUUGAAGGCUUUGGGGGACGCGAUUCACAAGUUCCUUGCGGAUAAGCCUGUUGGCAAGAUGAAGGUAGCAGCCCUCGAGAAAAUUAAAAAUAUUAGUAAAAAGUUCUUGAAAAAGCCGUGUCUUAAGAAGCUGCGGCACGUAAAAGUGAUACUGAGGAAAUUCAGUAAGUCUUUGCAUAAGAAUCCUGAUAAAAGGUACAAGCGCCCCUUUCAUUUCCAGCCAAUCGAUAACGAGAACAUCAUACAGACCAAGGGUCUCACUGCUGGAACUAUCGCAGAGGACUUAGGUGAUGUUCUGAGUGGUUGUUCUUAG